AUGAACAAAACUACUGUAACCGAGUUUGCUUCAAUACAGCCUGUUGCAAGGUGGGUGUCACAACUUGCCGGAUCGGUGGAGGUAUUAUUCGCAGUUCUUACACUGUUAGGUAAUAUAUCAUUUAUCGUCGUGGUGCUGGCGACAAAGAGGCUACGGAAGAAAUCUAACGCGUUUUUGAUCAGUCUCAGCGUAUGCGACUUAUGCUCAGCAUUGUUUGUUUCUUCGGUAACGGCAGAUGCUUUCAUCCGCCGUGAAUGGCGUCUGGGAACUCGUUAUUGUAUUGCACAUAAUAUGUUAUAUCCAAUUCUCAGCGUUGUGUCCCUAUGGAUAACUGCCAGUAUUUCUUUGAAUCGUUAUAUAUCCAUCGUACACCAUGAACGCUCUCCUAAACUGACGACAAAGUUAACGAUUACAUUGGCUAUUAUUUUUUCCUGGAUUUUGCCAAUGAUCUUGAUUGGACGCAACUUCAUCGUGCCUGGUGCAUCGGUCUAUUCUCCAAUUUCACUCCGUUGUUUACCGACUAGAAAAACCACCUUUUCUAUGAUAAUUCUGAUCAUCAUACCUAUUAUCACAGUUAUUACCAGCUACAUCGUGAUAUUUAUAUACGUAUACCAGAGCAGACGGCGUGUACAACAACAACAACGACAUAACCAAGCAUGGACUAAUAAUCAACUCUCACAACAAGUGUUAACGAAGAAAGAAUUCCACGUACUUGCGACUGUCUUCGCUGUGUUUUUGUUUAUCCUAGCUGAGUAUAUACCAUUUAGUAUUUUGGUGAACUUAUACGGGAAACAUGGUCGAUUUCCGGAAGUAAUGAUGCUUUCAUACCCUCUUAACCAUAUUGGCGGAGUAAUCAACCCUGUACUCUACGUGCUUUUAAAUAAGACGAUCAGAGACGCUUUUAAACAAUUGAUAAAAUGGGUCACACGACAACAUAGUACUACUGACCAUGUACUGAACAUUUGA